GACGUCACGUCAUUCCAUUGUUGCUAAGUUGCUCAGCCAUAAACAAGUAGGAGGUGAUUCGCCUCUCCCUUGUUUUUUUUUUGGUUUGAGUUUUUGCCACAUGCUGUAAUUCACUGAUUGCCAUCUGCCAUUUUUAAAAUGGUGGCGUGUAUGGACCUACGAGCUUAUAUGAACAUGGGUUAGCUAACAACAAUGGAACUUCGCAAGUCAUUCCUAAUUUAUAUGGGAAUGCUAAGUGCAAUUCAACAUGGUCCUGCCGUAUACAAAGAUAUUAAAUGCGUGGAGCCCGAGCCCGGGUACGUCCUCCAGUUGAUUCGGUAUUUCACCGCAACAGAAAUACAGAAAGAGUGCCCAGCCCCUGAGGAUAUAGCAUGGAGAUUUGGAUACGAAGUGAUCUGCAUCGUUGUCUGCGUUUUGCUAACCCAGAUGAUAGCAUAUGCACCAUCGAUUGGAAACACUGCUCGAAGGAGUUUGUCAAAAGCACGUAAUUGGAUCAAACGGCCAUGGCGUUGUCGUUACUGCGGAAGUGCUCCAUGUCAGGUCCUUAGAAAAUCCACGUCGGAUCAAUUGGUCCCUCGCAGAGAGGACAGCGGGGAUCAUUCCGAGCGCUCUAACGCCAUGAUGCUCUUUAACUGCGGCUUAGAAGUAUCAACGCUUCUGUCCAAAGAACUACCACAGGACGAUCUGUACUGGGAGAGAAGGUUCUGUCGGACGUUCGAGGAAAAACACUUGUGUUUAUUUCCUUUGUGUAUCCAGCGUCAUAUUAACAGCUUGUACCCAGCCCCAAACUAGGUUGAUUCCUGGUUCUAUCCAUUGAGAGGUAUACCAAUGAUAAUGAGGUUCGUUUAUAUCGAUCCUGAUUUCUAUGACACAUCACGUUUUUGAUGCAAAAAUGUCGCCAUAGUUGUUUUUGUAAGUAAUGUAUAUAUAUAAUAAAUAUUAUCAAAUAAAAAUGUCAGUGUUACAUUAACGAAA